AUGUACGCAUUCAAACCAAAGACUCCCUACUCGUUGCUGCUAAAGUUCACUGUAUAUAGAACAGUCAAAAUCCGAUGGCUGGUGUUGUUACCACCACCACCACCACCACCACCUUUAGCCACCAACACCCACUCAUUCAAUAGCCACAUCAACUACCUUUCCUCCCAAGGUUCUGACCACCAAAUCCUCCUCACCUAUGCCUCUAUGCUCCAUUCCCAAGUUCCUUCUGAUCCCUUCACCUUCCCCGCGCUCCUCAAAGCAUGUUCAUCCCUCAACCUCUUUUCCCUUGGCCUUCUCCUCCACCAACACAUCAUUCUUCUUGGCUUCUCCCUUGAUUCUUACAUAGCUUCUUCUUUGAUCACUUUCUAUGUCAAAUUCGGGUUCCCUGAUAUUGCUCGCAAAGUGUUUGACUUUAUGCCUCAGAGAAAUGUUGUCCCUUGGACUACUAUUAUUGGCUGCUAUUCUCGUGGUGGUCGUGUUCUUGAGGCUUUUUCCUUGUUUGGUGAGAUGUGUUGCCGGAAAAUUCAGCCCACUAGUGUUACAUUGCUAAGCUUGCUAUUUGGAAUUUCAGAGAUUGCUCAAGUGCGGUGUUUGCAUGGCUGUGCGGUUUUGCAUGGGUUUAUGUUUGAUAUGACCUUGUCAAAUUCUCUAUUGAAUAUGUAUGGAAAAUGUGGAAGCAUUGAUGAUUCUAGGAAGUUGUUUGAUUAUAUGGAGCAAAGAGAUUUAGUUUCUUGGAAUUCAUUGAUAUCAGCUUAUGCCCAGAUUGGGAAUCUGAUUGAGGUUCUGCUGCUUUUUAAGACAAUGAGGGUGGAAGGGUUAGCGCCUGAUCAGCAAACUUUUGGGUCGGUGUUAUCUGUGGUUGCAUCAAAGGGGGAGUUGAAAUUAGGAAUGCUAGUUCAUGGCCAGAUUUUGAGAGGUGGUUUUCACUUGGAUGCACAUUGA